AAGGAAAGCUCAAAGAAGCAUGAAGAGACCAAUAGAGAUUAGGGCUGAGGACAGAGACUUGCCUCUCCCUCUGCAGCCCUCUCUGGAAGCAGGCUUCAUUCCUGAACUGGUCUGGGCAAGGAGGAACCUCUCUUCACCUGAAGCCCCCGGCCUGUCCGUGUCUCAGAGGGUUGGACGCUGGCCGGUGACUUGGGGACAACACCAGUCUGGAACAGAUACAAGAUGGACUGCCUCAAACCAAGGACUACUUUCCUGAAGCUUUCCCCAAGCCUGCUUUUGCUGGGGGCUUUCAUUCUGGAAGCAUCAGCUCUAGAAGUAGUCAAUCUGGUGGAUUUCUGUGGCCAGAUGCUCCGAGGGGAAGGGAUGAUCAUCCGCUCUCAUUCCGAUUCACGGAAAUUCUACUUUGUGGCCUUAGAGACAGACUGCUGGCUCACUGUACAGGCUGCCUCCCCCCAGGACAGAAUCCUGUUCCAGUUUCGUUUCUUUCUGGUAUAUAGCCUGACUCAGCCAUCUUCUUCUGAGCUGCCCCAGAUAACCACCUCUGGGCUGCCCAGCCAUCUCAGAGAGGACCCCUGCACCACUGGUUCCUAUGUACAAUUCUAUGAUGGGUCAAAGGAGGGACCCCACCUUGGGAAACCACUGUGUGGAAUGACCAUCCCAGGCCCAGUCCUGUCCACAGGCAGAUCCCUGAGCCUGCGCCUAGUGACCAGAGGCCAGCAACCCAGGGUGGAUUUCAUUGGGGACUUCACCUCAUUCCGACUAGCUUUCCUGAUUCCAAGCUCCAGCAUUUCUCCCUGUGGUCUGGGUGACUAUUUCCUCUGCCGUAACAAGAAGUGCAUCCCCCAGAGCCUGGUGUGUGACGUUUGGGGCAUUGACAACUGUGGGGAUGGCAGUGACCAGACUGCAUACCCUCCUGCCAGCUGCAGAGCUGUGACUGCGGCUGCCCCAACAUCUCCUGUCUUCUGGACAUCUCGGAGGUCUUUGAACCCUGGCAGCAAUAGCAGCAAGCCAGAGGAGAGCCAGCCUGGCCUCCGGGAGAGAUCUGCCACAGGCUGCUUUACCAGGACCAGGACCUUCAAAAUGCUCCCUAGCUACAGUUCUGUCUACACCGCCUGCUGCCCUGUGGAUUUGCCUGGCUGCCUCUGCUUGGGCCGGGUCACCCCUCAGGGUUCCUCUGAGCAUGCUGGCCAAGCUGGGGGACAGGGGUCAGCCCUACCAGGGCUCUCACUACAGCUCGGGCCCCAGGGGAGACCCGAUUAA